AUGCUGGCCAGAGCGCUUCUCCGAACCUCGCUGGUCCUCUGGAUGACUGGACUCAGCCUGCAGAAAGGAGUCCGACCACAGGUGUCCGCCCUCGGACGGCUGGGGAUUCCGGUCAAAGACGCCAGCCUGGCCAUGGGAGGAGCCAAGCCUGCAAGUUACAGCGCUCUGGGAGCCCUGGGGGGCCGGGGUUACGGGGCCAAGAUGGGGAGGCAGGUGGCAGGACGUUACCCUGUGGCUCACCUUGGCGGAGCAGGCUACAGGAACCCAGGGGCCGCCAAAGCGGCCGUCAAGCAAGGCGCGGGGUACGGGGCCUACGGAACCUACGGCGUGGGUCUGGGCGCCGGGAUGGGGAUGCCCAUGGGAGCGGGCAUGGGUAACGGGAUGGGAAUGGGCCUGCCCCACGCAGGGAAGCGCGGAGUCUACGGCAACGGCAACGGCAACGGCUACGGCACUCAACCAGAGCCCCCUGCACCUCAGACGACCAUUAGUCACGCUGCGACCUUAUCGCGCGACGGGAAACACACCCUGACUGACAUCUUAAGAUUCUAUGCAGGAAAUUCUCUGACCCCGUCUCUUGUCUCGUUGCCAGGAUACGGAGCCGGGGCCGGGGUUGGGGUGGGCUACGCUGGAGUCCGUCCCGGUAUAGGAGCGCAGUACUUCCCCGGACAGUCCGCCAAGGGGCCAAAACCUGGGUACGGGGCAGGAAUCUACCCUGGAGCCGGGCUGGGGGCCGCGGGCUACGGAGCAGGCCUGGGAAACGGAGGCUACCCCAUGGCUGCCGGGGCGGGGAAACUCGGAGGUGCUGCGAAUCUGGGACAUGGUGGAUACCCACAGGGAGGGCUUGGCAAGCCCACCGAGUUCGGAGACGGGACCGGAGCCUAUGGCGCCGGGGGCCUUGGAGCGGGCAACGGCUACGGCUACGGCAAUGGUUACAACAUGGGGAGCAACGGCUAUGGACCCGGCUAUGGGGCAGGAGGUUAUGCUGGACAGGGUCAGGGAUCAUUUGGGGGCGCUGGUUCGGUCCCUGUCGGUGCCGGAGCGUACGGCGAUGCUCAGGCCAUGGGUCUGGGGAGCGACUCUGGCAUGGGGGGAGGAGUUGGCCACCUCUCCAACGGCGCUUCUCCUAUGAUUCCUGCUGGACUAGAGGGUGAUGGAGGCUACCCCUACGGCGCCCUUGGGGCAGAAGCUGCUGCUGCUGCGGCCAAAUCUGCCAGCAAGUUUGGCGUGGGGGCAGGCUACGGUGCUCAGCAAGCAGGUUUCGCUGCCCAGGCUGGCGCUGGUCAGGACUCCUAUGGAGUGCCACAUGGCAAAUAUGGCGGAGUAAAUGGUUUCCUGGGAAAUGGAUACAAAGGCUAAUUGAAAUGACGCAGACAACUCCUUCAUUGAAAUGUGUGUUGUUAUUCUUGUUGUUUUUUUACGGUUUGUCAAUUCAUGUUACAUGUGGUUCUUGUGUGUUCUUGUCUUGUCUGGUUUUGUUCGAGGUCCUCGACUUUGAGUGUCUUGUGUGUGUCUCUGUUCCCUCAUGUCGCCCCUGCUGUGUCUCCCACAUGCGUCUGUCGCCUUCCCCUAAGUGUCCACACAUGGCAUGAUAUUCAAGUGUAUGCUUACACAUGACAUGUUGACUAUAGAACGUCAACAAAGAUGGAAAUCAAGUGUCCGACGCACGUCGAACACUUGUUUGACCCGAUGAUCGACCAUCUGUCAGCGAUGAAUAAAG